AUUGGUGUUUGGAACAAUGCUCGAUUAAACCAUGAAUAUAAUAAUAAUAUAAUAGUAAACAUUGUUAUUAUGCUACUUCCGUGACGGUCACAGUAGUUGUAGCUGUAAAUCAUAGGCCGCCGCCGCAGAACCACCAAUAGACAACAAUAGUAGUAAAUAGGUAGGCACAACUAUAAAAUUGUACCACCUACUUAUCGAUAUAAUAAUACAUACAUACAAUAAUAUUUACUGUUCGGUGCGCGGCGGACGGACAACGCAAACGGUGAACGCUGCUGCGCAAACACGAAAAUCACACUCCCGACCGAUCGCUUUUUCCUCGUCGACGACGACGACGACAGUACGAGAGCCCGAAAACUCGCGUGAUCGAGCUAUGAACGACGACGGCAGUCGGCAGGCAAAGCUCGAGGAUCUGGACAUCACCAAACAGGAAUUGGACAGCAUCGGCGAGGCGUUGAAGAAUGAACAGUUCCGCAAACUGCUGUGCGAGUACGUGGACGAGAUCAACGACCCGGAGAACCGAGCGCAGUACGAGCGGGAGAUAGAACAGUACGAACUGGAACGCGGCACCCGAGUGACGUUCGUGCGCCCGCAGCCCGGGUACGUGGUGAAGACGAGCGCCGACGGCGUGCGGAAGGUGUUCAUCAACGUGUGCUGUUGCGAUGUGCUGCAGAAGCCGACCAGCCGCCCGGGCACCGGCGGUGACCAUUGGUCCCUGCCGCAUUGCCUGUCGCCGGUACGCGAGGACUACGACAAGGCCCAUAAGCCGUGCGACGUGUACGAUGUGGUGUUUCAUCCGGACGCGCUCAAGUUGACCACGCACGGCAAGAGUCUGAAAGACAUGGUCGAGGACACGGCACUCAGUAUGGUCGAGAAGAACAACAAUGUGGUCUUAGACAAGGCUAAUCUCAAGUAUCCGAAAAUUGCAUUCAAAGGUGUCGCUCGGUCGUUGGUCAUACGUAAGUCAAUCAAGGAUUUCCAGCCGUCCGCCGAACUCCAGUCUGCCGAAUUACCCGGGUGUCCGUAUAAGCCACCAGUUGAUCGACCGGUUCAACAUCAUGAUCUGGGUGCGUUGAAACAAAAGUCACUGUAUACUGUUCCUAAGUACAUUAUAAAAUAUCGAAACGACAUAGACAUUCAAGAACAUGGAUAUAAUAUGCAUUGUAAAAUGAAUGCUGUCAUACCAAAAGAGUUAAUUAUUGAAAUUAACUUACCGCUGUUGGACUCUACAGCAAAUUUAGAGCUUGAUGUGCUCCCUAAGACAUUGAAUUUAAUUUGUCAUAAGCCUUCAAAGUAUAAACUUGAUAUCAAUUUGCCUUACAGCGUACUGGAAAAUGAAGGUAAUGCUACGUUUGAUCAAAGUACUAAAAAGUUGAUUCUAUGCCUUCCAGUCUUGCGGUCAGAGCCAUCGCUGGAGUAUGUAAAAAAUCUUGUUAGUGAGGUUGAAAUGUCCAAAGAUGAAAGUUGUCAAAACUUUAAUAUUGCAAAUAGUAAUUUUGAUGCAGUUGUGAACAAUAGUGAAAAUAACAACGAGGUCCAAGAUUGUAAUACUACGGAUGUUAAUAAAGCUAUAGUGACUAAUGGUCAUGACAAUGUGAACAUAAAUGAUCUUAAAGACAACACUGUGCAAAAUAGCUGUAAUAAUAGUAAUAUCACUGAAAAUGAUGUACACUAUAUCCUGCCAGAUCACGAAUUUAUUUUUGAAAAUAAAUGUUUUCUCACGCUCAAUGUAAAAAACGUCGAUCCAACAUCGAUUGCUGUGAUAGUUAUUAAAGACAAAAAUUUGAUCUCCGGCAAAUUCCAUUCCAUUGGUUCGGGAUUUUUUCCUAUAUGGUUUGCCUUUUGCUUAAAAAUUCCAUCUGAAUCGAGCUUAUUAAAGUCUGAUGUCAACGUAUUACCUUCUGAUAAAAAUGUUAUAUUACAUUUUUCUAUACAUUUUAAACCAGACAACAAUCAAUAUUGGUAUGGACUUGACCAAGAUGACUUAAAAAUUCAGUGUAUUAAAAUAGAAACACAUAAAGAAAACUCAAAACCUUCAACAAACGGUGUUACAAUUCCUCUCAAUGACAGUGAUGAUGACGACAAUGAUGAUGAUGAUGACGAUGAUAUAUUUGACUAUAGUAAAGAAGAUGAACUAAAUAAUCAAAAACAACAGAGCAUCAAGAAAAAUGAUGAAAAUUAUCGAUGCAAAGAUAAAAAUGUUAAAACAACUAAGGAAAAAAGAAAAAAAAAGAAAGGAAAGAAGAUUCAAAAAUCAAAUGCCAUACCAAUAGCUGUUGUCGGCAGUUUACCAGAAACUAGAAAAACAAUAGAUUUCAUACCCGGAUCGUUACCAAUUGAAUUUAAUAACAUCAGACCAACAAUUCGAGGAAUCUUAAAAAAAAGAGCUUUGUCUGAAUGUAGUACUAUAGAUGACUCUAAUUUGUCUUCUCAAAUGUACAGUUCAUCCGUGGACAACGUGGACACUGAAAGUUCAGAUGUACUGGGGUCAAGUAUGAAUGAUUUAAAUUCAAAAAAAACCGUUCGUUUUAAUGAUCAUGUCAUUGAAAAAAUGAUAAACUUCAAUAUAAGCAUAGCGGCACAAGCAAAAAAACACAGACAACGUCAGCAGCGUAAGCGCAAUAUACGAGAAUAUAAUACUCCUAGUGAAAGCGAAGCGUCUGAAGCCGAAGACAGAGCGUAUGGGCCGCUAAAUGUGGUUUCAGAAAGCGAAGAGACCAGCGUGUCAGAAAGCAGUGCCGGAGAAAUGUCUGAUGACAAUACUAAUGGCACACCAACGACUGUAUCGUCAAAAGUUACAGUUGUAGCCGACUCUAAGAAAGACCACAAACGACGCAAGAGUAAAUCAGCCAGGAAAAACGCUUCUCUUGCGAAACAGGCAUCGACCAACAAUUUAAUAUUUCCUAUUGAAUAUUGAGCAAUAUUGAACAUCAGACCUCUUUUUUAUUACUUAAUACAAUCAUUGAAUCAUAAUAUUAUGUAAUACAUUUAUUUAUUAAAUUACUGUUUGGUAAAUGUUUAUUAGAGAUUUUCUUUGGGUGCGUAGUGUUUUAUUUUUUAUUUUAGAAACAUAUCACACAUAGUUUUUAUUUGUAAAUUAUUAUUGUCUUGUUUGUUUUUUUUUCACCUACAUUGGUUGAUUAUAUAUUUUUUAAACUGUUGCAGUCUUUUUGUAUUGAAAUAUAUGUGUCCAUGUUGUAAUCAUAA